AUGAUGGCGCAGGCCCUGCAAGGGAUCCAGCAGCAGUAUGCGCCGAGUGGCUUGCCUGUCCAGAAACGUUAUACAAAGGAGACUGCAGCGCAAAUUCUUCAGCUGGAUAAUAUGGAUUCAGAUACUUCCCCAGUCCGACUCAUUAUCAAGCGUAAAAUUGUAACCUACCUGAAAGGAAGGGAGCAAUUCUAUAACCUGCACCCACGAUAUCUUCUGGCAGUUUCAAAAAGCAUUGAUGAGCAGCUUUAUAAGGAUGCAGAAUCAAAGAUCCACUACAUGGAUUUUGAGACUUUAGAAGUUAGGCUGAAUGCUCUUCUCAGUCGUGGAUCAUUUGGCAACAGUAGAUAUGCUUUGGCUUCUUCAGCAUCUUUACCGACAUCACACUCAGAACAGCUUGGGAUAAAAGUAACAGAUUCAAGUAUACAGAAUGGUAGAGCUGUACCUGGUUCUGUUAAUCCUCCCCCGCCUGCUAGAGACAUAUCACAUAAUGUCUUAUAUUCUCAGGUAGGAUUUGCACCAACCAGUCACCAUGAUGAAGCUGCUGCCAGCUUUGCUCAUUCAUCGGCUGAUAAGAUUAAACAGGGGCCUGAAAGCUUAGCAAACGCCACUGACGCACCAUGUGUGUCAUCACUACCAAAAUGCAGUCCCUGUAUUGCUGGAGAUUUCAGCGGUGGAGUGCCAACUGGCCAUACAAAAUACCAUUUCCCAGGCGAUGUUCAUCAAGUUGAUAGUCAACAACCAUCGACAUCGGGUAGUUCCAGUUCUGUGUCUGCGAUGUGUGAUCGAACCGCAAAUUCUACAAAUAACAACAGAUAUUCUGCUGGCCAAGUAUCAUCGUCUCUGCAAUGCAGAGAAUGCGGGAAAGUGUUGUAUACGCGGAGCCACCCAAUAGAGGAAUCAGAUCAGUCAAAUAUCACAGCCGGAAGCCACGACUUGUAUAUCCAUGACCAAUCUAAAAUUCGCACCGACAUCAAGAGAGAAUGCGGACUUGAAGGAUGCAUGCAAAUGGAUGAAACAUGUUUCUGCAGGGAGAAAUGCUCAACUUUAAACACAAAAUUCAGUUAUGACCAAUGCAGCUAUAUUGCUGCUGACUCUGGUAAUUGUGUCUCUAUAAGAGAGGCAGUGAAGGGAGCCGAACAGACAUCCAAUAGCACUGUAUCAAAGCCAACUUCCCCUACUUCGGAUGAAUCGUCUGGCAAGCAUCAUCCGGCAAAACGAUUGAGGAUCAAUUCUCCCAGGCCUGUCCAUGCUGAUAAAACAAAGUUUCCAAAGGAACUACAGCCUGCUGCCAAUGGAACUGAUGUCUCUUCUGAAACAGUACAUUCUGAAACCACAGCAUUACCUACAAAGUCGCCAUCUGGCUGUUCCUUGCUGGACAGCAAUGCUAGCAAUAACAUGGAGAUUAUUAGAUUGCCGGAGACUGCUAUGCAAGCUGAAGAAGGGUUGUGUCAUGGAAAUGGUGACAUCGAGAUGAAGGAAUUGUCAUGUUAUGGAAAUGGUGACAUUGAGAUGAAGGAAGGGUUGUGUUAUGAAAAUGGUGAUAUCGAGAUGAAGAACUCAAAGCUUAGCUCAGUGGAUCAAACAUCAUUAGUAGCCUGCUUAACUGCAACGAAGAAAAGAGGGGGUUCAAUACUUUAUGCCCUAACUGCUGAGGAGCUUAGAGAUCACAUGAAAAGUUUGAACCAACAUAUUUGUCCGAGCCAAAUGAUGACAGAAGAACACCCUUCAGGCUUGCCUGACCAAAAUACGUGCAAUUUAUGUGGGAUGGAGAGGAUUCUUUUUGAACCUCCUCCACGAUUCUGUGCUCUCUGUUUCAAAAUAAUAAAUUCGACCGGAUCCUAUUAUGUUCAUGUGGAAAACGGAAUUGAUAAGGCUUCAAUAUGUGCCAAAUGUCACCAUCUUAGUACUGCAAAAUUUAAAUAUCACAAGAGAUCAAAUUACGCGGAAACAGAUGCUGAGGCUGAAUGGUGGGUUGAGUGUGAUAAGUGCAAAGCUUGGCAGCAUCAGAUAUGUGCCCUUUUUAACCCUAAAGUUGCAGACGAGGAGGUGGAGUAUACAUGUGCCAAAUGUUUAUUGAAGGAGAGGGAUAUUGGAGAUAUAACUUUGCUGGAGUCACCUACUGUUCUAGGAGCAUUAGAGUUACCAAGAACUAAACUGAGUGAUCAUAUUGAGCAGAGACUUUCAGUGCGACUUGAGCACGAACGGCUGCAGAGGGCAAGAGCUUCAGGAAAAGACAUUGAAGAGGUACCUGGAGUUGAAGGUCUUACUGUUAAAGUGGUUUCUUCAGCUGCAAGAGUGCUUCAAGUCCAACCACGUUUUCGGGAUUUUUUUAAAGAUGGGAAAUAUCCCGGGGAAUUUCCAUACAAAUCAAAGGCCAUUCUCUUGUUCCAAAAAAAUGAAGGUGUGGAUGUUUGUCUAUUUGCCAUGUAUGUACAAGAGUAUGGUUCUGAUAGCCCAUUACCAAAUCGGAGGCACGUUUAUCUUGCAUAUAUCGAUUCUGUCAAGUACUUCAGGCCUGAAAUCAAAUCUGCAAGUGGGGAAGCUCUCCGAACCUUUGUGUACCAUGAGAUUUUGAUUGGCUAUUUAGAUUACUGCAAGAAAAUAGGAUUUGUAAGCUGCUCCAUAUGGGCUUGCCCAUCUACAAAGCGUGAUGAUUAUGUUUUGUAUUGUCAUCCCACGUCACAAAAAAUGCCCAAGUCUGACAAGCUUCGGAGCUGGUACCAGAACUUGAUCAAGAAGGCUGUUAAGGAUGGUGUAGUUGUGGAGCGUAAUACAUUGUACGACUUCUUUCUUCAGCCUACCAGUGAUCGCAAGGCCAGUAUAUCUGCAGCAUGCUUGCCAUACUGUGAGAAUGAUUUCUGGCCUGGAGAAGCAGAGAGACUCCUUGAGAAGAAAGACGACAACACCUCACAGAAGAAAGAGCCACAAGUAGGAAGGCUCAUGCGUGUUGCCAAACGUGAUGACAGGAAAGGAAACCUUGAGGAUAACCUUGAGGAUAUCUUGCUAGUGCACAAACUUGGAGAAAAGAUGCGAACAAUGAAAGAAGACUUCAUUAUGCUUUGUCUGCAGCGGUUUUGCAAGCAUUGCCACCAACCUAUUGUGUCUGGUAAAAGUUGGGUUUGUACCUGCUGCAAAAACUUCCAUCUUUGUGAGCAAUGCCAUGCAGAGGAGCUAAGUGCUCCACUAAAGGACAGGCAUCCAGCUACAACAAAACAAAAGCAUGCAUUUCAAAGAAUAGAGGAAGAACCUCUUCCAGACACUGAUGAUGGAGAUCCAACAAUGGAAAGCAAGUAUUUUGACAGCAGAAUCGAUUUCUUGAAGCACUGUCAAGACAAUCAAUACCAGUUUGAUACACUCCGACGGGCAAAACACUCAACAAUGAUGAUUCUUUAUCAUCUACAUGAUUCAGCUUGUUCUGCUUGUCACCGGACCAUGGAUCAACGCUUUGCGUGGCGGUGCCUGGUUUGUGCCGGCUGCACUUUUUGCGAUUCAUGUUAUAAACAAGACGGUGAAAAAUUGCACAUUCAUAAACUCAAACAGACGGACAAUCAACAAGUAUUACCAAAUUACACUCUACAGGACUACCUUGAGGGUUUGGUGCAUGCAUCAAAAUGCUUCUGUGCUGCGCGUAGUUGUGCUUUCAAACUCUGUUUUACAAUGAAGAAGUUGUUCUUCCAUGGUGUACGAUGUGACAUCCGCAACCGAGGAGGUUGCAGGAAGUGUAUCUUCAUGUGGAAACUUCUGCUCACUCAUGCAAAACAUUGCGGUGACGGGGCCUGUUCUGUUCCCAGAUGCAGGGACAUCAAGGCAUUCUUCAUGGACAAGGCCAAAAUGAUUGCUGGGCCACCUUGUGCCGUAGAGUGCUAG